AUGGGUUCAAGCGCGAGAAAAAAGAAGGAAAAGAAGAAAGACUUCCAGAAAACGAAACUUCGAGUGGGCAAAACUAAGGCAAAGGCCGACAACUUUACAGACACCAGUUUCAAGUCCAAAUCAAUUGUCGUAAACCAGCAAUCUCUCACAACUUCUGCGCCUUCAAAUGUUGUGCAAUUUACUCAUUAUCUUUCACUGGCAUCGAGUUCAAAGUCGGACACCCAGCGAAAGGAUGCGCUCUCAUUUCUCACAACACAACUCUCUUCACAGCCUGUGAAUGAAGCAAUACCUCUCCCAACCGCUGUUAUCCUCCCGAAACUCCUACCUUUAAUCCUCGACGGAAAUGCCUCUGUGCGAUCACAGCUCCUCAAAUUUCUCCGACUUCUGCCACCUGCGGAUAUUGGUGAUCGAGUGGAAUCUGCCUUAUUAUACACAAGAGCUGGUAUGACGCAUUUGGCUACGGAGAUUCGUGUCGAUGCUUUGGCUGUGUUAGAAUGGCUUCUUCAAGUUGCGGGUGAUGAUGUGGUUUCAUGUCCAGGUGGGUGGGUGAAAACAUUGAAAAGUUUCAUGUCGAUGAUAGGCUGGACUACGAGCAGCGCAACGUCAAAAUGGUCAUCUGCAAGUAGAGUUAGCUUUGGAAUAAGUAGGGCUAGCUUUGAGAAGUCAGGAAAAACUCUUCCUCGACAACUAUUGGUGCUUUCCCAGUUUCUUAAGGCUGGCCUUGUGGAACCAGAUACGGCUGCGCAACCAACAACAAGUGAUAACCACUUUCCACUUUUUGAUGUCGAGCGACAUAUGAUACCUUCGAGGGCAAACGCAUAUGCACAUCUCAAUCUAUUCGGAUCAUCCAGAGAUGAAGAGGGAGAAAUGUAUAUUGACCGGGAAGAUCGUCAAAGGGUUUUUCACAAAAGAUUUCAGGCAGACGUGGUCACUGGAGUAGAGCAUGCUAAAAGAGAAGCAGGUGAAGCUGGCAGAGCUGCAGCAGUCCUCACAAAAGUUCUACGAGAUGGUAUGAAUGAUUAUAGUGGCGUUGAUGAUACCCAAUAA